GGAACAGCCACCAUCCUCGUCCCAGGCCAAGUCAAGCUCCUGCCGGCACCUGCUCUCCAUCUUGCUCUCAUCAUGACCUGCCGCCUGCAGAACUCCGCUGCCAGCUACGGGGGUGGCUGCCAGCUGGGCGGAGGCCGCAGCAUCUCUGCCUGUUCAAGCCGAUUUGUCUCUGGCGGAUCAGCCGGGGGUUAUGGGAGCGGCAUGAGCUGCGGCUUCGGUGGAGGGGCUGGUAGCGGUUUUGGGGGUGGCUUCGGCGGUGGCUUUGGAGGUGGCUUUGGAGGUGGCUUUGGUGGGGGUUUUGGGGGUGGCUUUGGUGACUUCGGUGGUGGCGAUGGCGGCCUCCUCUCCGGCAAUGAGAAGAUCACCAUGCAGAACCUCAACGACCGCCUGGCCGCCUACCUGGACAAGGUGCGUGCCCUGGAGGAGGCCAACGCCGACCUGGAGGUGAAGAUCCGAGACUGGCACCAGAAGCAGAGCCCGGCCAGCCCGGAGCGUGACUACAGCCACUACUAUAAGACCAUCGAGGAGCUGCGGGACAAGAUCCAGGCGGCCACCAUCGACAACAACCGGGUCAUCCUGGAGAUCGACAAUUCCAGGCUGGCUGCGGACGACUUCAGGCUGAAGUAUGAGAACGAGCUGGCCCUGCGUCAGAGCGUGGAGGCCGACAUCAACGGCCUGCGCCGGGUGCUGGACGAGCUGACCCUGGCCAAGACCGACCUGGAGAUGCAGAUCGAGAGCCUGAACGAGGAGCUGGCCUACAUGAAGAAGAACCACGAGGAGGAGAUGAAGGAGCUUGGCAACCAGAUGGUAGGCCAGGUCAACGUGGAGAUGGACGCCACCCCAGGCAUUGACCUGACCCGCGUGCUGGCGGAGAUGAGGGAGCAGUAUGAGGCCAUGGCCGAGAAGAACCGCCGAGAUGCCGAGGAUUGGUUCAACAGCAAGAGCGCAGAGCUGAACAAGGAGGUGUCCUCCAGCACUGCCAUGAUUCAGACCAGCAAGACAGAGAUCACGGAGCUCCGGCGGACGCUCCAGGGCCUGGAGAUCGAGCUGCAGUCCCAGCUCAGCAUGAAAGCCGGGCUGGAGAGCACGGUGGCAGAGACGGAGUGCCGCUACGCCACGCAGCUGGUACAGAUCCAGGACCUGAUUGGCAGUAUCGAAGCCCAGCUGAGCGAAGUGCGUGCUGACACCGAGCGGCAGAACCUGGAGUACAAGCAGCUCAUGGACAUCAAGACGCGGCUGGAGCAGGAGAUCGCCACCUACCGCAGCCUGCUCGAGGGCCAGGAUGCCAAGAUGACCGGCUUCCCCACCACAGGAGGAAACGCCAGCACCAGAAGCCCCACAGCUACUGGCUCGGCCACUAGCCCAGUUACUGGCUCGGCCACGGGCCCAGCUGCCAAUCGCCGUACUUCUGACGCCGCCCGCAGGUCUUAAAUCUGCCUGGCACCCUCCCUCUGUCUUCCGCGCCCAGAGGACGGAGCUGAAGAUCCCUGCAGGAGAGAGGGAGGGACUUGGGAAGCUCAGUCCCUGGGCUCCCAGGCCCGGCCCCCCUUUCUCUAGGGGGGACCCUCUUUGCUCUUCUCUCUGGACCAGCUUCCUUUUCUUCCUGACUUGGCUGUUUUGAUUUCUUAGCUUCUCUGCUAAAAAGAAAAGAUAAUCCAAUAAAGCUUUCUGCCUUUUUGCAAACGUA